AUGACCAUAAUAAAGUGUCAAACUAAAAUAUCUCUAUUAUUUGAUGUGGAACUGAUAUAUAAGAUUAGAAGCUUAUGUUAUAAAACUGGUAUACUACUUGGUUACUAUGAUAUAUGGAAUAACUCUGAAGUAGUUCUAUCCAUAAAGGUAAUUUCCUCUAUUAAUCAUAUAAGUACUGACAAGUGGAGUAAUAACCUGGUGAUAUUAGGUAUAUUUACACUGGAUAUAAAUGGUACUGAGUUCUCUGACUAUUCUUAUGAUUACAUAAGAGCUUCAUCCUUACUUUGCAGUAAUAUACUACUUCUUUUAAACAUCAAAUUGGAUGCUACAAAUUCAGAAGAUUUAGUAUCAGUUACUGAUAUAUCUAAAUUUAUUGAUAGAGAUAUAUCACCCCAAUCUAUUAAAAUUAUUGUUUAUUCAUAUAAAUUUUCAAUGCUGACGAAUUUUGUCAAAUCGUUUGAAAUAGCUCACAAAGAUUUGUAUAAUGCAAUAAACCAAUUAAAACAAAAGGGAAAUCUAGAUAGUCUGAAACAAAAUAGUAACAUUUUAGAAAAUAAAGUUUCUGAUAAGGAUUUAAGUCUUUUUGAUUAUUAUAAAUAUCAAAUGACUAGGAGUACCAAUACUUAUUUUGAAAAGCAGUACCAAUCAAGAAAUAAUCUGCACAAAAAUGACUUCCAAUUUCCAAUUUUUAAAGUUUUUUUCAUUUUUUGGAUAACUAUAACUUCAUUUAUUCCGUACUCUUUAUUGAUAUUUGGGUCAAAAUUCAGAAAUUGUUAUCCAUUCACAAAUAAAAAUUUAUCAAUGACUCUCAAAGGAAUAGCUUAUAAGUUUAAUACGCAAAGUCAGUGGAUAGUUCUUUACAAUAUUUUAAUUAUUAAUUAUGAUAAUUUUAAUCACAAUUAUGAUGCUAUAAAAGUACUGUUGUAUUCUACAAUAACUUCCAUUAUUAUUGAUCAUAUAUUUGGGGUACUUUUAAUAUAUAUUAUUAAUUCAUUUUCAAUGCAAAUACUUCAAUUUAUAAGUAAGGUUUAUUAUUUUUUGUACAAUGAUGCUAUUUACUUACAAUUUAAUUGGUUGGCCUCAUCUGAACUCCGACUUAACAAAGAUUUAAGCUCAUUUUUAAUAAGCUUACUGUUUGAAGCAUUCCAACUAUGGAAAAGUAUAACUAACUAUAUAUUCUCUGAUAUUGAAUUAAUUUUCUUUUUUUUAAAACUUUUGUCAGCAGUUGGUGGAUUUUCUAUUGCUAUAUCUUUUGUUUGGGAUAUAUUCAACAUAUAUAUAUUCAUCUUGCACUACAUAUAUGUUCUUUUUUCAAAGCUUCACUGCAUAAAUAUACAGGCGAUUUCAACUUUCUAUCAUCUAUUUCGUGGUAAAAAAUGGAAUAUUCUUAGAAAUCGUGUUGACUCUACAAUUAAUAAUAUAGAACAGUUACUCUUUGGUACAAUCUUAUUCACUAUUUCAAUAUUUUUAUAUCCAACAGUUGCAAUAUUUUAUGUUAAUUUCUUAUUUAUUUGGGUACCUGUAUUUUUAAUAAAUAUAUUAUUCUAUAUGAUAAUUUAUAUAGCAAGUCAUUUUCCAUAUUUCCUUACAACAAUGUACUUUAUAUAUCCAGAUCAUUUUAAUUCAGGAUUAUACUUGAAAAGUAUAGGUAGUAACUAUAAAAAUCAAAUAGUCCUUACUUUUUUUACGAAGUAUCCACCUACAUCACCAGUUUUCAAAUUUUUUUUCUUGGAAAUGUGUAGUGAUAUCCAAAAUAAGCUAAAUAUAUCUCAUUUACUCAAGUAUAUUUUUACUGGGCAGAUUUUAUAUAUUCUUGGUUCUUAUAAUCCUUUUGAGUAUAAAGGGUUUGAUUACUCUGUCUGUCAUACUAGUAAAUUUAUAUGUAACAGCUUAUAUAGUGAGAUACCAUUUAAUGUCUUUGUAGAUUUGUUUAUUAAGUUAGUGAAUACAACCAAUUCAACCUUUUAG